AUGGUAACGAUGCAGGUGUCCAUUGGGCACGUUUUGUUUCCCCACGGCAAGUCAUUAGCAUGCGAUGAUGAAGCAAGCAACGCCAAGCGUUUGAAAUACGAGGGGCGGUCGACCAGCGCCGUUGCGGAGACUCCAGGGAACGCGCUGCUGCAGAUAUCAGAAGCCGCCUUUACUGCAGCAGUGCGUGAUGCUCUGCGACAGCAGAAACAGCAACAACACGAGGUGGAGGGUGACGCGGAUGGCGAUAUGCCAGCAGUGGAGGUGCAUAUGCAUGAAGGGGGCAAAGGAGCCUCAUUCUGUUUCGUCCCAGGAGCUCUUGCAUCGUCACUGAGGCUGGUUGCAAGCAGUGCCAUCGAGUUGCCAAGUGGUAUGACGGCUUCAGUAAUUGAGGCAGCCGCUCGCUUGCCCCGCGUUACCGAAUUGACAUUUGCCUCAUCAGUUGAUAGGACAGCACACCAGCUACCAGUAUACUGGGAAGAUCGGCCGGUGAGGGUUGCGGAUGCAGUAGCCAUGGCCACAGCAGGCGAUGCAGAGGAGGCGCUGUUGGGGAAGCGGGUGCUGGUUGUUGGCGCUGGCGGGAUCGGCUGCGAGCUGCUCAAGGUUCUCGUGCUGUAUGGCUUCUGUAACGUGGACGUCUUCGACCUCGACACCAUCGACGCGACAAACCUCAACCGGCAGUUUCUCUUCCAGAAGGAGGAUGUCGGCGCCUCCAAGGCGGAGACAGCGCGCAAGGCAAUUCUCGGCUGGUUCACUUCCUCCACGUCGCGUCGGUUGCCCAGCAUUCGCGCCCAUCACGCUAACAUCAUAAACGACGCGUAUGAUGAUGCCUUUUACCGUCAGUUCGCGGUUGUGCUGAAUGCCCUCGACAAUGUGGCGGCUCGGCAGCACGUAAACCGCAUGUGCAUGAGCGCUGGUGUGCCACUCAUUGAGAGCGGCACGAUGGGGUACAACGGUCAGGUGCAGCCGAUUGUGCGCGGCCGCUACGAGUGCUAUGAUUGUCACCCGAAGGCGGCGAGCCAGAAGACAGUUGCGGUCUGCACAAUUCACGCACGCCCGACCACGAUGGUCCACUGCGUGCACUACGCGAAGGAACUGUACGAACGGCUCUUUGGCGACGGCCAGCGUGGGGGCGAUGAUGAGUUGGCGUUUGUUGACGCGUUUCUUGACCCAAUGCAGCAACAGCAGCAACAAGACGACGAACAGCACAGUGGUGACGACCGCGUGUGUCGCCUAUGUGGCGUGGCAUCCACGUUGGCGCGCUGUCUCUUCCACGAUAAGAUACGCGAGUUGCUUGAUAUGAAGGCUGUGUGGGCAACGCAGCCGCCGGUGCCGCUGGCGGAGGGCGUCAUGGAGCGUGCCGAGGAGCACGCAACGGCCACUGCUGCGGGUGGGAAAUCUGCCGAGUUUUCGCGGGACAACCCUAUGUCUCUUCAGGAGACUGCUGUUCUCUUCCUUGAUUCCUUUACACGGUGUGCGCGGCGCGGCGUGCGUGUCGGAUUCCGGAAGGAGGACGAUGACACCGUUGAUUUUGUGGCGGCGGUGUCGAACCUCCGCGCGGCGGUGUUUCACAUUGAGCCGCCGCAGUCAGUGGAGGAGAUACGCAGCGUUGCCGGCGCCAUCGUGCCGGCCAUUGCGACAACGAACGCCAUUGUUGCCGCUGCGGUGGUGCAGCAGGCGCUGUGCGUACUUGGGGCAGGGGUGGCGCCGCGCAGUGCACCGCAGCCGCAGAUGGUCUACGUGCGACGGGCCCCGCAGGUGCGCCGCCGCCGCCUCUCUCCUCUCUUUGCUGACGACUGCAGCAACAUGCACAACGGUGGGGAAAGGCAACGGUGGACAACGGACCUAUUCUUGGUGCACAGUGCGCCACCCAAUACGCCGAACAGUUCCUGUGUGGUUUGUCGAGAUUGUCGUCCGGUUGUUCGUGUCCACCUCGACGCUACGCGUACAACACUCGGCUCCUUCGUGGCUGACGUGCUGCGUGACCGCUUGUCGAUGUCAGCGCCGUCGGUCUUCAGCGGCCCCAAUGUGCUGUAUGAGGAGGGCGAGUUUGAGACGAUGACGGCGAUGCCGCUCGCGAAGUUGAUGACUGCUGGUACCAAGCCGCUGGAGCUGCUCGUGGACGAUCUCGACCACGAAGUAGAGUGGCGCGUUGUCAUUGAGCACUCUCCUUCACAGCAGGAAGACGAUGCGUAUGUGCUGGAGGGGCUUGAGGCGGCGUUGCAGCUGGAACGCACACUCGUAGCGGAGGCGGCCGCAGCAGCUGGUGAUGCUGGUAGGGACGGUGACGAUGAUGUUGUUCCCUCAGCGGUGCGAGUGGCGGCCGAGGGGGGUGAAGGUGCGUCCGCCGCUGCUGCUGUGGUGGUGGUCGCCUCCGAUGAGGACGAUGAAGACGUGGUGGAGAUUGAUUGA